AUGUCCUUUCUCCGUAAUCCUUUUCUGCUCCUUGGCGUCAAUCUUUCCGCGAUAGCCGGCUCAACAUACCUACUUCGGUCUCAUCACAUCUAUAACUUGGAAGAACACGAAGCGCGCAUGGACGAACUUGAGGGUACUCUCAGGGGCCACAUUGGCUUGAUUGAAGAAUCUUUGGACCGGAUAGAAGGCAACGGGACAGAAGCUGACAGGGGAAUGAAGAUGAAUGAAUACUACGGCAAGAGAGGCAGGGACGAGAAACAGCAAUGA